CCGGGGCCACCCACCCUGGGCGGCCCCCGCCCCUCUUCCGAGCUGUAGGGAAGCGAGCUCGGGAGGAAGAAGAGGGUCCGCAGGAGGCUCGGAGCGCGCCAGGCGGACACUCCUCGCGGCUCCUCCCUGGCGGCGGCGGCGGCGGCGGCGGCUCGGAGCGGGCUCCGGGGCUCGAGCGCAGCGGCUGACGGGCGCCGGACAGCGAGGAUUACCCGAGAAGUGGUUGUCUCCUGGCGGGAGCCGCGGAGAGGGGCUCUCGUGGAGCAAGGCAGGAGCGCCGGGCCGGCAGCCGCGGAGCACCAGAGGAGGACCGGCUCAGGCGGUCGAGUCGUCGGCCGCGGGGAGCGCGGGCACAGGGCGAACAGGCCGCGUCGCGCUCACCAUGGUCAGCUGCUGGGACACCGGGGUCCUGCUGUGCGCGCUGCUCGGCUGUCUGCUUCUAACAGGGUCUAGUUCGGGUUCAAAAUUAAAAGGUCCUGAGCUGAGUUUAAAAGGCACCCAGCACGUCAUGCAAGCAGGCCAGACACUGUAUCUCAAAUGCAGGGGGGACUCACCCCAUUCAUGGUCUUUGCCUAAAAUUGUGAGUAAGGAAAGCAAAAGACUGAGCAUAACUAAAUCUGCCUGUGGAAAGAAUGGCCAACAAUUCUGCAGUACUCUGACCUUGAACAUGGCUCAAGCAAACCACACUGGCUUCUACAGCUGCAAAUAUCUACCUAUAUCUAGUUCAAAGAAGAAGAAAGCAGAAUCUACAAUCUAUAUAUUUAUUAGUGAUAUAGGUAGACCUUUCAUAGAAAUGUACAGUGAAAUACCUAAAGUUGUAUAUAUGAAGGAAGGAAGGCAGCUUGUCAUUCCCUGCCGGGUUACAUCGCCUAACAUCACUGUUACCCUAAAAAAGUUUCCAUUUGAUACUCUGAUCCCUGAUGGAAAAAGAAUAACUUGGGACAGUAGGAAGGGCUUUAUAAUAUCAAAUGCAACAUACAGAGAAAUAGGACUUCUGACCUGUGAAGCAACAGUCAAUGGACAUUUGUAUAAAACAAACUAUCUCACACAUCGGCAAACCAAUACAAUCACAGAUGUCCAAAUAAGCACACCAAGCCCAGUGAAAUUACUUAGUGGUCACACCCUCACCCUCAACUGUACUGCUACCACUGCACUGAACACAAGAGUUCAAAUGACCUGGAGUUACCCUGAUAAAACAACUAAGAGAGCUUCUGUAAGGCAACGAAUUGACCAAAGCAAUUCCCAUGCAAAUGUGUUCUACAGUGUUCUUAUUAUUCACAAAGUGCAAAACAAAGACAAAGGACUUUAUACUUGUCACGUGAAGAGUGGACCAUCAUUCAAAUCUGUUAACACCUCAGUGCAUAUAUUUGAAAAAGCGUUCAUCACUGUGAAACAUCGGAAACAACAGGUGCAUGAAACCAUAGCAGGCAAGCGGUCCUACAGGCUCUCCAUGAAAGUGAAGGCAUUUCCCUCACCAGAAGUUGUAUGGCUAAAAGAUGGGUCACCUGCAACGGAGAUAUCUGCUCGAUAUUUGGUUCAUGGCUAUUCUUUAAUUAUCAAAGACGUAACUGCAGAGGAUGCAGGGGAUUAUACAAUCUUGCUGGGCAUAAGGCAGUCAAAUGUGUUUAAAAACCUCACUGCCACUCUAAUUGUAAAUGUGAAACCCCAGAUUUACGAAAAGGCAGUGUCAUCAUUUCCAGACCCAACUCUCUACCCACUGGGCAGCAGACAAAUCCUGACUUGUACCGCCUAUGGAAUCCCUCAACCUGUAAUCACAUGGUCCUGGAGCCCCUGUAACCAUAAUCAUUCCAAAGCAAGGUAUGACUUUUGUUCCAAUAAUGAAGAAUCCUUUAUCCUGGAUCCUGAAAGCAACAUAGGAAACAGAAUUGAGAGCAUCACUCAGCGUACAGCAGUAAUAGAAGGAAAGAACAAGACGGCUAGCACCUUAGUUGUGGCUGACUCUAGAAUUUCUGGAAUCUAUAGUUGCAUGGCAUCCAAUAAAAUAGGGACUGUGGAAAGAAACAUAAGCUUUUAUAUCACAGAUGUGCCAAAUGGGUUUCAUGUUAACUUGGAAAAAAUGCCUACAGAAGGAGAGGACCUGAAACUGUCUUGYACAGUUAAUAAAUUCUUAUACAGAGAUAUUACUUGGAUUUUGUUGCGCACAGUAAACAACAGAACAAUGCAUCACAGUAUCAGCAAGCAAAAAAUGGCCAUCACUAAAGAGUACUCUAUUACUCUUAACCUUAUCAUCAAGAAUGUAUCUCUGGAAGAUUCGGGCACCUAUGCCUGCAGAGCCAGGAACGUAUACACAGGGGAAGAAAUCCUUCAGAAGACAGAAGUUAUUAUUAGAGAUCAGGAAGCGCCACACCUUCUGCGAAACCUCAGUGAUCACACGGUAGCCAUCAGCAGCUCUACCACUUUAGACUGUCAAGCUCACGGUGUCCCAGAGCCUCAGAUCACUUGGUUUAAAAACAACCACAAAAUACAACAAGAACCUGGAAUUAUUUUAGGACCGGGAAACAGCACACUGUUUAUUGAAAGAGUCACAGAGGAGGAUGAAGGUGUCUAUCAGUGCAAAGCCACCAACCAGAAGGGUGCCACAGAAAGCUCAGCAUACCUCACCGUGCAAGGAACCUCAGACAAGUCUAAUCUGGAGCUGAUCACUUUGACAUGUACCUGUGUGGCUGCGACCCUCUUCUGGCUCUUGUUAACUCUCUUUAUCCGAAAGCUGAAAAGGUCRUCUUCCCAAAUAAAAACUGACUAUCUAUCAAUUAUAAUGGACCCAGAUGAAGUUCCCCUGGAUGAGCAGUGUGAGCGGCUCCCCUACGAUGCCAGCAAGUGGGAGUUUGCCCGGGAGAGACUUAAAUUGGGCAAAUCGCUUGGAAGAGGGGCUUUUGGGAAAGUGGUUCAAGCAUCUGCAUUUGGCAUUAAGAAAUCACCCACCUGCCGGACUGUGGCUGUGAAGAUGCUGAAAGAGGGGGCCACAGCCAGUGAAUACAAAGCUCUGAUGACUGAGCUCAAGAUCUUGACCCACAUUGGCCACCAUCUGAACGUGGUUAACCUGCUGGGAGCCUGCACCAAGCAAGGAGGGCCUCUGAUGGUUAUUGUUGAAUACUGCAAAUAUGGAAAUUUAUCCAACUACCUCAAGAGCAAACGUGACUUAUUCUUUCUCAACAAGGAUGCAGCAUUGCACAUGGAGCCUAAGAAAGAAAAAAUGGAACCAGGCAUGGAGCAGGACAAGAAACCCAGACUAGAUAGUGUCACCAGCAGUGAGAGCUUUGCGAGCUCUGGAUUUCAGGAAGAUAAAAGUCUGAGUGAUGUUGAGGAAGAGGAGGAUUCUGAUGAUUUCUACAAGCAGCCCAUCACUAUGGAGGAUCUGAUUUCUUACAGUUUUCAAGUGGCCAGAGGCAUGGAGUUUUUGUCUUCCAGGAAGUGCAUUCAUCGAGACCUGGCUGCGCGAAACAUUCUUUUAUCUGAGAACAACGUGGUGAAGAUUUGUGAUUUUGGCCUUGCCCGGGAUAUUUAUAAGAAUCCUGAUUAUGUGAGAAAAGGAGAUACUCGACUUCCUCUGAAAUGGAUGGCUCCCGAAUCCAUCUUUGACAAAAUCUACAGCACCAAGAGUGACGUGUGGUCUUAUGGAGUGUUGCUGUGGGAAAUCUUCUCCCUGGGUGGGUCUCCAUACCCAGGAGUACAAAUGGAUGAGGACUUCUGCAGUCGCCUGAAAGAAGGCAUGAGGAUGAGGGCCCCUGAGUACGCAACUCCUGAAAUCUACCAGAUCAUGUUGGACUGCUGGCACAAAGACCCAAAAGAAAGGCCACGAUUUGCAGAACUUGUGGAAAAACUGGGUGAUUUGCUUCAAGCCAAUGUACAACAGGAUGGUAAAGACUAUAUCCCACUCAAUGCCAUACUGACAGGAAACAGUGGCUUUACCUACUCAACUCCUACCUUCUCUGAGGAUUUUUUCAAGGACAGUAUUUCAACCCCGAAGUUUAAUUCAGGAAGCUCUGAUGAUGUCAGAUAUGUAAAUGCUUUCAAAUUCUUGAGUCUGGAAAGAAUCAAAACCUUUGAAGAAYUUUCACCAAAUACCACCUCCAUGUUUGAUGACUAUCAGUUGGACAGUAGCACUCUGCUGACCUCCCCUUUGCUGAAACGCUUCACCUGGACUGACAGCAAACCCAAGGCCUCACUAAAGAUUGACUUGAGAGUAACCAGUAAAAGUAAGGAAUCAGGGCUUUCCGAUGUCACCAAGCCUGGCUUCUUCCUGUCCAGCUGCGGACAUAUCAGAUCUGCGCAUGACAACUCAGAGCUGGGAAAGGAGGAUUUGUGCUGCUCUCCACCCCCAGACUACAACUCCGUGGUGUUAUACUCCACCCCGCCUGCUUAAUGCAUGACACAACCUUCUUUCUAGAAGCACAAGUGUACCUGCAUUCUCAGAAAACUAGCUUUUGCCAGUAUUAUGCAUAUAUGAGUUUACACCUUUACCUUUCCACAGGAGCCAGCUGCUUUUUGUGACUUUUAAUAGUGCCUUUUUUUUUUUUUUUUUUUUUUUUUUACUAACAAGAAUGUAACCCCAGAUAGAGAAUAGUGACAAGAACACUACUACUCAGUCCUCAUGUUACUCCUAUUAGAGAAACCCUUUCUAAGCCCAAUGACUUACCUGCUCCAGUCCCUGAAGCCUUAAGGCACACAAAACAAGAGGACUCCAGGAGAUCACUGGACUCUACUAGGUCAGCCCUUUACUGGAGGGAUCGUGCGCUGACCUAAGCAGUGUCUCAGAAGACCUCUAGCAGGCCUAAGACAUGUAAGAAAGAGAGGGAAGAAUGGGAAAAAGAGGGGAGAUGAGAGAGAAAACAAGACUAAGCAUAAGACAGAUUUUUGAGAUGCAUCAUAUCAGGAGGGAGUAGGAGAGGGCAUCUGCAAUGCCGCUUCCGUGGCUUCCCAGCCCUGACCAGUGGACUUUCAAGACACUAGCCAGGAGCACACAGGACAGAGAGGAAGGGACAUUUCCUGGAUUCUGGGAGACAAGGACAAUUUUUUUUUAUUAAAGCAAAUCUUAAGACUUUACCUAUAGGACUGGUUCUAUAGCCAUUCCUAUGAGUGGAUGUUUUGAUUUAUCGAAUUAAGGGUGGCACUCAACUGUCAGCUCAUACUAUCAGCCUCUCUAGUGAAAUACACUGAGAACUUUCCAGAGCUAGUUUGGCUCCAGAGCAUGACGGCCUGGCACUUAGCAUGUUGCUCAUGGGAAGCUAAGUAGCUAAGUGGUCUGUUGGUCUGUUAGGAAUGUCUACUAUUGGGCUCAAA